AGGAGUCCGGCAGAGCAGGCGCUCGGCGGGGCGAAGAAUUGUCUUUGUGCAAAAUGUCUUCAGAUGAGGAGAAAAGCACAAGUCCAGUUUUACCAAAAGACUCAGAUCGAGGCAGUUCUGUCUCUUCAGAUCUUCAGGAUGAAUAUGAAGAGCUGCUUCGUUAUGCUGUUGUGACUCCAAAGUUUGAACAGUGUGUUCUGCGGCAGUCUGAACCUGCUUCAGAACUGACAGCAGAUGGCAGGUUUUCAAGCUUACUGGAUGAAGUCACUCACCAUAAGACUCCAGCUAAAGAGAGAGGGGAAGAGUCUGUGUGCCAGAUGGAUGAAGUGAAGGAAUCUUCCCAGGCAGACAUGGAAGGACUUUGUGCAGUUCAUUCAGGAGAGAUUUCUUCACCAGGGUCCUCAUCUACUCCAAGAGAGAUCAGUGAAACUGCAGUGACAGAAUUAACUGUUCCAGAUGAAAAAGUGACUCAGAUAGAAAGCAUCCUUGAUCUCUGGAGUGGAAGUCUUAAGACAAAUGUUUUGACUGAACUGAGGAAAUGGAAACUUACUUUUAUUGAACAUCACAAGCUGGAAGUGAGACAAGAAAGGGAAAAACAUGCUGCUCAUGUGAGACAACUGAAUAAUCAGAUGGAUAACCUGAGAGAACUGCUACAUACUUAUGAAAUCUCUGUUGGCAGAAAAGAUGAGGUAAUUACUAACUUGACUCAGGCAACAGAGAAGCAAAAGGAAAGGAUAGAGUUAAUGAGAAAAUUUACACUGUGGCGGAUUCAGCAUGUUGAGACCAGACAGCAGGAAUAUGCAAAUAGACUGGCAGAGAGACAAUUCCAAACAGCUUUGAUGAAGAGGGUGUGGGCAGCCUGGCGGUCCCUUACUGAAGCAAAAUGGAAAGAGAAAGUGGCGAAAGCCUGUCAGUCAAGGGCUGAAGAUGUCUGUAUUCAGCUUUCUCAGGAUUAUGAAGCUAAAAUUACAGAGCUAAAUACUUCUUUGGAAGAGGCAAAAGCUGAAAUCCUGAGACUGCAUAGUGAAAGAGAACAAUAUGAAGACACCAUGAAGAAAGCCUUUAUGCGUGGGGUGUGCGCUCUGAAUUUGGAAGCAAUGACCAUGUUUCAAGGCAAAGAAAGUAGGCCAGAUCACGAUGCAGUAAGCAGAAGAGAGGAUACUGGUUCCAGUGUGCCUGGGAGGCUCCCUCCUUCCCAAUUUGAUCCUCCAUCACCACCACCUCCAACAGCAGCCACCAUUCAGACAGAGGGAAUUUUUUCCUCCCACCUGGGCCACGCAAGUACUUCUCAGACCAGAUUAGAAUCAGACUCUCCAGUAAUAGUCACUAGUACAGCUGUAGGAUCCGGCAUCAUCUCAGCUCAAAAACUGCCCAUGGCAAGAGUAGUGACUUCUGCUCAACAGAAAGCAGGAAGAACAAUCACUGCUCGAAUCACAGGCCGGCCUGACUUGGGGCAAAAGAACAGAAUUAGUAGUUUAGCUGUAAUGGGAGUCGCGCCACCCAUGAGUUCAGUCGUUGUAGAAAAGCAUCAUCCAGUAACUCAGCAAACCAUAUCCCAAGCCACUGCUGCUAAAUACCCACGAACUCUCCAUCUUGCCUCUAGUGCCAACACUGUGAGACCUACAGGACAGGGUGGACGAAUGCCCCAUAGCCAGUCUCAUCCUCAUGUUCAUUCGAUAAAGGUUGUUGAUUAAGUUAAUGCUUUGAAAUGUGUGUAUCCUUUCCAACAGGCAGAGGGUUUUGCCAAGUCUCAGUUUAAAGCUAUUCCCCAUUGUUUCCAGGUUGCUGUCACAUGGCCAAUCAUGUUUUUACCUUUUCAAAACUGUACUGCAAAUCUGCUCACACUGAUGUUUUUUCUUCAAAACAGUUAAAUUAACUUUUGAAAUAUAUUUCUCAAAUUGCAAAGUAUGCCUGUUUGAGAGAACCUGUUAUAGCUGUAUUCUUAUUUAAGGAAUUUGUUAUAUAGUUUUUAAUAAAAGAUCC